AUGUCUACCGAUCGCGACGGAGACGUCAAGGCUGAAGAAAGAGCCGAGACCAAGGCUCCUGUCGUUUCCGCAGAUGGCGACGACGACAUCAAUCACGCCAUGCUUUCCCAACCACUGGAGCCAGGGACCAAGGCUGCUCGAUACAGCGGCCCACCCCGAGGCGGCCGGAUGGUGUCAUUCCGUCCCGGCGUCUUCCGUCGAAGUCAUCGACCCUUUCUGAAAUGCACCGACCGGGAGCUCAAGAAACAAGAGAAAGCCGAAGAGGGAGGUUUUACAAAGUGGCGCACCAACCCUGACGAAAUCGAUGAGUCCAGCAUCCCAGUCAUCAGCCUCACCGAAGCGCCAGAACCUGCUCUGUCGUUCGACGCUUUCCAUGCUACUGUCAUUGAACCCAACAAGGAAGCCAUUGAGUUGAUACUUGUGGAGUACAACAAGAGCGUCCACAUGCUUGACCAACGUAACGAUACGCAGUUCUUUGAGAGGUACCAUGGUCUGUACACCAGCGGUGUUAUUGGCGACCAGGAGAGACCUCGCACCAAUUUCAGCCUUCGACCUGACAAGGCUUUGAACAAACAUAUUGGCUUCCUGUGCACUUCUAAGGACGCGGCUCACGACUGCGAAACGGCGAGCUGUCUACGACUCUAUGUCGCAUGCUUCAUCGCCUGGCAUGGUCCAUCCUUCCGAUACUUCUUCACCAAAACCACCGAGGUAGACGAGAGCCCUGCCGAAGUCUUCUUUUCGAUGCCACGCAAGGCAAGAAUCACUGUGAAGUAUUGGGAGGACCAGGUUCGAGACGUGGCGAAGGACACAAUGCGCGAGACGGUGCGGGAAAAUAAUUGGAACUGGGCUGCUGCUCUGGCUGCUGCUGUGUUGAGAAGAGGAGUCACUCCUUCGGAGUAUGAUUUGAGUGGGUUUGUCAACUGGAAGGAUUUUGCGGCGAAGAAUGGUCUUGACAGUGUUUGGUAUGGGGUUGUGUCGUCGGAUGAAUCUGGCUCUUCUAUAGAGUCAUCUUCUUCAGAGGAUGAGUAA